GGUCGAUGUAUAUAACGCAAUGUAUUGAUCCUGUGCUCUCACAGGCGCGACUGUUUUGUGCGUUUCUGUCAUUGCUGUCGCACACAACGAAAUUGACCGCGUUGAAUAAUUUGUGCUGCGGCACUCAAAGUUGACGCGUGCAGGUUCGAUCGCGCUCGUUGUAACUUUUGCGGCUGCCUGCGUUAUAAAAUUUCAUGUGCAUCUAUGAUGCCCCAGGGAAAAGGAUGGGUGAGAGAUGGUUGGCUGACGAAUAGUCAUUGGAAUCCUCAAAGAGAUUUUAUGUUUCAUGGUUUGAAGGAAAGAGAUAAAAAACGCUUUAACAUAGGUCAAAAAAACGUUCUCAAUGGACCUAAGUUCUAUCCUUGGUUUAACACCUUAAAAACACCAUUAGAGCUCGACAAGUGCAAAGAAGGUAAGGAUUCAGGCAAAUAA